GCUGGGUAAGAUCACGUCUCCGUCUCUUUCUAUAGCCCUCAUUCCAGCACAGGAUCUCAGCAAUUUUUCUCUCUUUCCCCCACCCACUCCAGCGCGCAGAGUCCUUUCUUCUCUCUCAUUUGCAACUUCUUUUUAAUAGGAAACAUUUUCUAGAAAAAGGGCUUUGCUAAACAGAAAAGAUAUAAAACAAAAGCCACAGCUAUCUAGCAUGGCAUUGUCACCAACUCCCUUUGCAUGGUGAUGCGAUUAAGGUAGAAGCAUUUUUAUUAUUCAGGAAAAGGAGCUGGGGGAUUCAUCAGUUCUGAGGCUUUGUCUUUCUGGGUUAGCUGAUGGUCCCAAGCCUCGGUUUGACCUGACCAUGAUGCCCAGGACUGGCACUUUUUCUUUUUUCUCAGCAAACUGUACAAAACCAAAUCUCUUUUUGAUUUUCAAGGAAACUAGGUUCCUGCCAAAUUUUGAAUCUGGACAGUAAAGAGAUACUUUGUCCUAGCAUCUUUCUGGAAUCAUUUCGGGAUAUUUUCCACAAGCAACACAGAAACAGGAAUGAACCGGCAGCUAGUGAACAUUUUGACAGCCUUGUUUGCAUUUUUCUUAGAGACAAACCACUUCAGGACGGCUUUCUGCAAAGACCAUGACUCCAGGUCUGGAAAACAACCUUCACAGACCCUAUCUCCUUCAGAUUUCUUGGACAAGUUAAUGGGAAGGACAUCAGGAUAUGAUGCAAGAAUCAGGCCAAAUUUUAAAGGGCCUCCUGUAAAUGUUACCUGCAACAUAUUUAUCAACAGCUUUGGGUCAAUAGCAGAAACUACAAUGGACUACCGAGUGAAUAUCUUUCUGAGACAACAGUGGAAUGAUUCACGGCUGGCGUACAGUGAGUACCCAGAUGACUCCCUGGACUUGGACCCAUCUAUGCUAGACUCCAUUUGGAAACCAGAUUUGUUCUUUGCUAAUGAGAAGGGUGCCAACUUCCACGAUGUCACCACUGACAACAAAUUGCUACGGAUUUCGAAAAAUGGCAAAGUGCUCUACAGUAUCAGACUCACCUUGACCCUAUCCUGUCCCAUGGACUUGAAGAACUUUCCGAUGGAUGUCCAGACCUGUACAAUGCAGCUGGAGAGUUUUGGGUACACGAUGAAUGACCUGAUAUUUGAGUGGUUAAGCGAUGGUCCAGUGCAAGUUGCUGAAGGAUUGACCCUGCCCCAGUUUAUUUUGAAAGAAGAGAAGGAACUUGGCUACUGCACAAAGCACUACAACACUGGAAAGUUUACCUGCAUUGAGGUCAAGUUUCAUCUGGAACGCCAAAUGGGAUAUUAUUUGAUCCAGAUGUAUAUCCCAAGCCUGCUUAUAGUAAUUUUGUCCUGGGUUUCCUUUUGGAUAAACAUGGACGCAGCCCCUGCCAGGGUCGCACUGGGCAUCACCACCGUCUUAACGAUGACCACCCAGAGUUCAGGCUCCAGGGCAUCUCUGCCAAAGGUCUCCUAUGUAAAAGCGAUUGACAUCUGGAUGGCGGUGUGCCUUCUGUUUGUGUUUGCUGCCCUACUGGAAUACGCAGCGGUGAACUUUGUCUCCAGGCAACACAAGGAGUUCCUGCGCCUCCGAAGAAGACAGAAGAGGCAGAAUAAGGAAGAAGACGUUACUCGUGAAAGUCGUUUUAAUUUUAGUGGUUAUGGAAUGGGUCACUGCCUCCAAGUGAAAGAUGGAACAGCUGUCAAGGCCACACCUGCCAACCCGCUCCCACAACCCCCAAAAGAUGCAGAUGCCAUCAAGAAGAAGUUUGUGGACCGGGCAAAAAGGAUUGACACGAUAUCUCGAGCUGCCUUCCCAUUGGCCUUCCUCAUUUUCAACAUCUUUUACUGGAUCACAUACAAAAUCAUUCGGCAUGAAGAUGUCCACAAGAAAUAGAUGUGCCCUACAGACCCUGGGACCUUAUUGCCUCAGUGUUGUGCUUGUAAAUACACAGUGAAAUUGUCUUUAUAACACUUUGACAGAGGAGAAGAUUGAGGGAGGGGGGAGGGAGGGUCAUGGGGAUGGGUUUCCUGGCACCUACAAGAAAAAAAGACAAGUAAUAUGGGUGAUGAAGAAAACUGUACAAAAUUGAGGGGUUG